AUGCUUCCGAGAUUUUUGAAACUUUCUGCCAAUUUGGCUGUUAAGAGCAAUGAACUGACGUUUAGGACCCAAGCUUUAGGAGCCCAGCGGUUUUUUCAUCAAGGGCUAUCGUUAGGGAAUGCAAAAAAGGCGGAUGCCGACAAAACAAAGCCCAUCCUUACAGAAGACUUGUUGGCGCGUGCCGGUGUGGACCUUGAAGAGACUGCUCAAGCGGGGAAAAAUAAGGAGCCCAACGAAGAAGAAGAUUCGCAUGUGGGGGAAUCGAGCAACAAAAGACGUAGAAAAAGACAAACUUCCUCGGACAUCAAAAGGGAACGGUACGCCAAUUGGUUUUAUAUCUCGUCGUUUGCAGGGAUCGCCGGAGUGACAUUGUACAUGUCAAGAGACUGGGAAGAAAAUGAGCCAGCUGACUUGCAAAACGGGAUUAGCAACGGCUACUCACCAAGUUUGAUGUACCAACGGUUCAAACAACGUUUCAAUUCGAUUUUCACUUAUUUCCAAGAACCACCAUUUCCAGACCUUUUGCCACCACCACCUCCUCCACCAUACCAAAGACCUCUCACUUUGGUUCUCACAUUGGAAGACUUUUUGGUGCAUUCGGAAUGGACGCAACAACACGGCUGGAGAACCGCCAAAAGACCCGGUGCCGACUACUUCCUGGGUUACCUGUCGCAAUACUACGAGAUUGUUUUGUUUUCGUCCAAUUAUAUGAUGUAUUCGGAAAAAGUAGCGGAAAAACUAGACCCAAUCCAUGCAUUUAUCACUUACAACCUGUUCAAAGAGCAUUGCUAUUACAAAGACGGCUGUCACAUCAAAGAUCUAUCGAAAUUGAACCGCGAUUUGGGUAAAACGUUGAUCAUUGAUUGCGAUCCAAAUGCUUACAAACUUCAACCGGAAAAUGCGAUUCCAGUGAAACCUUGGGACGGUAAACCGGACGACCAAUUGUUGCGCCUGAUCCCGUUUUUGGAGUACUUGGCCACUCAACAAGUUUCGGACGUUAGACCUGUGCUAAGCAGCUACACGGACAAAUCCCACAUCCCCGAGGAGUUUGAACGUCGUGUCGCUGCGCUCAAGGAAAAAUUUUUCAAAGACCACGAUUCCAAAGCCAAUGGUAAUUGGGCUUUGAAGGCGCUGGGCGUCGGUGCCGUGGGAUCUCAAAAGAUCAAAUUUCCGUUAGAUCUCAUUCGCGAAGAAGGUGAGAAAAAUUAUGUUCGUUUCAUGCAAUUGAUCGAAGAAGAGAAAGAAAAAAUUAGACUACAACAACAACAAAUGGGCGGUCAAACGUUUACGCUCAAGGACUACGUCGAGGGCAAUCUGCCCUCGCCCGAAGAACAAAUGAAGAUACAGUUGGAGAAACAAAAAGAGUUUGAUGCCCAGUACGAAACUCACAAGAAAGAAUUGAAAAAUAACUCUUGA